AUGUCAACUUUAUUUCAACGUAAAUCAUCAUCAACAUUAUCAUCAAUAUCUAAUACACAAACACUACUACUAAGAAAUAAUCGACUAACUACAAUGGAGCCCUAUACUAAAGCUUUGGAAGAGAUGCGUCAUUCCCUUCGUGAAUUAACCCUUCGUAAUAAUGCCUUCACCAAAUUCCCACUUGAUAUCCUUAUAUUGACCAAUCUAACAUCGCUAUCUAUGGCUAAAAAUCAAAUGAAAUGCAUUCAGUCCAAUAUCUUCCCUCAACUCUCACAACUGACAUGGCUUUCCCUAAGUGAUAAUCAUCUUCAAUAUUUACCUGAUGACCUUUCUGCUUGUUAUCAUCUUGUAGGACUUGAUCUUUCCAGUAAUGAUUUCCACGAAAUACCACGCGUCAUUUCCAAAUUGAAUCAACUUCAAGUGCUUCUCAUUCAAAAAAAUCAAAUAGAGCGAAUUACCGAUCCACAUAUGCUUCCAAUAGGACUUCAAACGCUUCAUCUAGGGUUUAAUCAGUUCACCACGAUGCCAUCCGUUCUUAUUGAUUGUCCACCACCAGGCUUGACACAUCUUCAUCUUUCAGGCAAUCCAUUGAAAGAGCUACCACUUGGAUUUCUUAGUCAGGGAUACCAGGAACUUGUGAGUCUUGAUCUCCAUACCUGUCAGUUGGAGCAGGUGUCCUCCCAUUUGUUUAUGUACAUCCAUCAACGCCACAUUCCACUAAAAAGAUUGAAUCUAGCCAUCAAUCGUUUGCGCCGUCUGCCAUCCACUAUUGGUCAAUGUACACAGCUCCAAUGGCUCAACUUGAAUGAUAAUUGUCUGACCACGUUGCCAUCAUCCAUGCAAUCCCUUGUUCAUUUGGCCAAACUCGGUCUUGUUCAAAACCAAUUACAAUUCUUGCCUCCACAUCUCUUCCAGUAUAUGACAAAAUUGGAGAAGAUUGACUUGAGAAGAAACUUGUUGCCAUAUUUACCACCAUCCAUCUUGGCUUUAGCUCCCAUUCAUGAGAUUCAACAACAUAUCGAUUUGGCCGUGCCUGCAUCCUUGAUCCAUAUUGUUCAGCCCACGAAAGGAGGAUCAUUAAAAACUUUAUUGUUAUAUGAAAACACACAUCUUGAACAAAAGGAUGGAUUAUUUUGUGCUUUGGAAGAAGAAGAAGAAGAAGAAGAAGAAGAAGAAGAAGAAGAAGAAGAACAAGGAGCACCUAUUUGGCUCCCUGUCAUGAAUUUGAAUGCCUUGAAAAUUCUCGCGAAUUCCAAACACCGCACACAAGCUUAUGCCAUGUGGGCAGCUAAAAAUGGAUAUUUGAGCUCCGGAGAAAAAGAGGAGUGGUAUCAUGAAGGGAUUUCUUUUUUUUUUCAUCAUCUUCUUUCUCUCAAGGACAUUGCUCUUCGACAUCAUCUUGGAUAUGCACACAAUCAAUGGAUAUCUAUAGAGAAGCAUGGAUAUCUACCCCGUUUGGAUAGACAUCCUCAGGAACGACAUCAAUUCCUAUCACAAGUAUUUCCAUCCUGGAUACCUCUACUCGUGCGUGAACAGGUAAUUCGACAGGCUCGACAAUGUGAUUAUUGCCACCAAUGGUCCAUGACAUUACCAUUCCAAGUGGGAUAUUUGGCCAGACUAUGUAACAACCGGAUGCAAGUACCUAUUCGAUAUUCAUUGUGCUCAUCGACCUGUGUUUUGGCAGCCACUUUACGAUUGCAAGCGACGGCGGAUGCUUGGCCACCUACAACGAAAGACAAAACUGUUAUCACCAAUACAGCUUCAUCAUCAUCAUCCAACAAUCAAACAUCUCAACCCUCUUAUGAAUGUGAUCAUCCAUGGGAGGAACAACAUCCACCUUCAUUGACACGUGCUCUACAACGGAUGGAAAGAUUGGCUUCCUCUUUUCUUCACUCCUCAAAUACUUCCACACGAUCCUUUUUAUCUCGAUCAUGUAUACAACCAUGCGAUCCAUCUCCUCCGCCAUCUUUAUCUCAACGUGAUACUUUUCAUGUGACGGAUCCUCGACCUGCACUGACCUCAUUUAAUCAUUUACCAAGGGAUGCCAUUCGUUUGGAAAGAUUCUAGAAAAAAAAAAAAAGAAGGGAAGAUUUGGUUUUAGAUUAAAUAGAUUUUAUUUAUUUUGAAAAU